CUUCAGCACCUUCGAUAGAUGAAGUAGGAGCAAACGCGUUCCGAGCGUCCUAAAGCAUCUGGUGAAGCAACGUCAAGGUUGAAGCGUUUGAAAACUCUGCAGGAUGAACCGCGACGGACAAACCGACAGUGAAGCUGGCGGAGGGCCCAUUUUCGCAAACGAAGGCCAUGCCGGCCGAGUAACGAAAUAUGUCGCCACUCGUGCGGACACGCUGCGAAAGCGGGACACCGUCGGGCCAAGGACGUACUCCAGCAUGCCCCACGUCAGGAAAAGCGGAGCCUCGCGCCAGUCUGCCCCCGCGUACCUCCCAGGAAUACCGCUUACCGUAUGCUUUUUUGCAGCGUGUCUAAUGCGAGGCUCCGCGUGGCUGCUGUGGUUGGCGGAAGGCUGCAGAAAAGCCUAUCACCCUUACGUUGUCCGCUCACAUCGAACAGAACUGCCGAGGGUGGAAACUCCUCUUCCAGGACCAAUCUAUGACAGCGACACGCCUUGGGAGGCGCUGAAGAUGGCUACAAAGUCGUAACGCCGUCUCCUGCGGCCAUUCAGACAAAGGAGGGCGUACUUGCUUUUCGUUGCAGUCAUACGUACUAGCGCUGCAGGUUGGGAUCGAUGCAAAGUUACGUGCGACAGCGCAGCAGCAUCACAAGGGUACGAGAAGAAAGGCGCGGCAGCGGGGUGGCUGGCUUGACCUUCAGGCGCGCCAACCUGUUGUAGAAUGGAUGGCGUAAGACGCCACGCCCUCGCUUAACGUCGGCAGAAUCAGAAUGGAGGUUACGGACGAGCCUGUGGAAUAUUACUCGGGCGCAUUCUAGGGGCUCUUCUUCCAAGAAGU